CUUUGCUGAGCCUGCAGUCUCGAGGGUCGGAGGCCCAGGGUCGGACUGCAGCUCUAGGUCAAGCUCCCAGCGGAGCUUGCAUCACUUGACGUUGCUGGUUGGAUGCCGUUGCGUCUCGCAAUUGGCUGCGCUCUAGGGCUUCUGGUGCCUGGAUAAAGAGCAUCAGGCAGGGCGGUGAAGGUGUCAGUUUCCGAGACUGCUUUGUGAAAGCAGCUAACAAGCUGGGGAGUACGGGACCUCAUUGUUCCAACUCGGCGGUACCUGAUUCCAUCGAGUGGUUUGUUGUGUGGGAUUUUGCUCUCGUUGGGUAAGAAUGGCCUCCCUCAUCUCCUGCAAAGGAACCCUUGUGCGUUCGAACACGUUUCUUGGUGCAGGACUGGGGCAGGGUCCUCAAGGACUUGCAAAUGCCAAGGAGUCCUUUCUGCCAAUUCCCUGCGUUCAGGCACGGGGGACACAGGAGGUUGUGACGAGUCCUCCAACGGUGCUGUGUGUCAAAUCAGUUGCCAGCAAUGCCGGUAGCACUCUCAAAGCGAAGCGUGGGGACAGAGUCACGGCGAGGGUUGUGGCUGCUGGCACAUCGGCGGUGGCCUCUACGUUGGAUUUAGCGGAGCUGGACAUGUUGGAGCUGAAGAGGACCUUGCUGGAGACGCAGUGGGCCCUUCCUUCUGUGGAGGAGGACGAGGGGUUGCUGCCAUCAACGUCAGGCAGGGAGUUUGAGGCGCAGGAGGAGGCGCAGGAGGAGGCGCCCUGUACAGAAGCCGGCGCAAGAGAGGCUCGGGCCAGAGUGAAGAAACCAGCAAAGCCAGUUCAACCAAGAAUACGGCCGAGCAGUUCAAACAUGUCCGGGCCCGCACGGAGGAGACGGCUGCAGACUCGGAAGGAGCGGUUUACUGCGCAGGGGGACCCAGUGCCCGAGUUCAGUGGGGUUAGGAGCUCCUCCAGUGAGGCUGCACGGAGGGCGGCUGCAGUUGCGCAGCAAAGGGCGGAGGCGGGGUUGGACGAGAGCCUCUCGCUAUUUGAGGAAUGUCUAAACACGCACCAGCUGCUGACGCCGGAGGAGGAGAAGCACUUGUGCAAAAAGGUUUACAUCGGGCAGCAGCUGCAAGCUGCAAAGGAGAGGCUGGAGCAUGCGCUGGAGAGGGAGGCAACCCUAGAAGAGUGGGCAGUCCAUGUGGAGCUGGCCGAUGACAUGGGGGAGCUGGUCAGGCGGGUCCGACAUGCUGAGAGUGCGAAAGAAAAGCUGGUCGUCUCCAACUUGAGACUUGUGAUCUCAGUGGCCAAGAAUUACGCUUCUUUUGGGCUUCCGCUAGUAGACCUUAUUCAGGAGGGCACCCUUGGGUUGAUGAGGGGUAUUGAGAGGUUUGAAUAUAAACGAGGGUACAAGCUGUCAACCUACACCCAUUGGUGGAUUCGACAGGCUUGCACCCGGGCAAUUGCCGACAGCUCGCGGACAAUCAAGAUGCCUGUACAUAUGCACGAGGCCAUUUCCCGCAUCCGACGCCUAAUUCGGGAGUCAGGAAAGACAUCAAAGGAUUUGACUCCGGAGUACAUUGCUCAGGAGUUGAAGAUCCCUCAAGUCAAGGUCAAAAGCUGCCUUGUGGCCAUGAGCCAGAGAAUGUUUUCCUGGGACGCAAGCAUGGGCUCCAGGUUCCCCGACUCUGAUGCCAGAGAGUGGACUUUUGGUUCGAUGGUGCACGACCCGUCACCUGAGGCGAACCCCCGCCUCGAAGCGGAGAACCGCUUCAAGGAAAAGGAGGUCCACCGGCUGCUCGGUUGCUUAGACUCCAGGGAGCGGGACAUCGUCAACCAUGGCUUUGGACUGGGGGAAUACGAAGGGACGGGUCUAGCAUUUGAGAUCUUGGGCCAUAAGUAUGGCUGCACGCGGGAAAGAGUGAGGCAGAUUCAAGCAGGUGCCCUUCAAAAGCUUAGUGCUCGAGCUGCGAAAGUGGGGAUGCACGACUUUGCAAAUCACUUGACAGUUUGAAUGGGAACCUGGCCGAAUGCAAAGGGGGAAGGCGCAGUUAGAGUUGUUGGUCACUGAUUGACGGAGUUGACGGACUUGCCAUAGGUCGACGCUUGGUGGUCGUUAUUUGGUUGCAAUUGUUCUCAAGAAUGUUGAGCAUUUAAAGUAUGAGAGAAACCUAUCUCAAUCUCGAGACGGAGUGCUCACUUUCCGUAAAUAGUCCCUGACAUGGGUUGUCGACCUGGCAUCGUGCAAACACUAAAGACUGCCCUGAUAUUCAAAGGGGCAUCAACUGCUGUCAAAGUAAAUAGUAGGGUCGGCACAUGAUGCAAUAAGAAUAUCCACCUUUGAAGUUUGUAUUUGUUUAUGACUUUCCAACACAUCCAGUUAAGC